GCCGUGAAGGCGUCAUGGCGGCGCUGUGUCGGGCUCGUGUCGUGGCUCCUGAGACCUACUUCCUACGAGUGUUUCUAUUCUCCAGGUCCUUUCGAGGAGUAGGCACGGAGAGUAGCUCAGAGAGCGGGAGUUCCCAUGCCUCAGAACGUGAGGCGCGCCCGCGCGGCUUCGCGGAGGCGCUAGAGCGGCACUCGGAGCUGCAGCGGAAGGCAGCAGCCUCCCAGCCGGAGUCUUCUAAAAAUGGGGAAUCCUUUGCAUCCAUGUUGAGACGUUCUCCGCUCACACAGAUGGGACCUGUCAAGGAUAAAAUAGUCAUUGGACGAAUCUUUCAUAUUGUGGAGGAUGAUCUUUACAUAGAUUUUGGUGGAAAGUUCCAUUGUGUGUGUAAAAGACCAGAAGUGGAUGGAGAGAAAUACCAGAAGGACACCAAGGUCCGGCUACGGCUCUUAGAUCUUGAGCUCACAUCUAGGUUCCUGGGAGCAACCACAGAUACAACUAUACUGGAGGCUGAUGCCAUUCUCUUAGGACUCCAGGACAAUAGAGACUUGAAAUCAAAGGAAGAACAUCCUAAGAAGUAGAUGAACUUUAAGUAGUGAAUUUACUCCUUAAUCAUAAUUAAUGCAAGGAGAAAAUUGUGAAUAAAUGAUUGAAAGAUAAA